CGGAAGAAAGCGAGCAAUUCUUUAAUUUUAAUUCUCCUAAUCAGAUUUCGCAUUGUUGAUUUUGAUUGUUGAAUUUCGCCUCUCUCGUUGCGUCGGCCGUCUGAAUGGUAUCGGCGGCUGUCGCUAGCCGCGAUCCAGGGGUGAGCAACAAUACGGCCACAACAGAAGCAACAGAACUGCAACGCUCAGAAGCUGUUUGUCGCUGGACUUCUUGACAAUCUGAUCGACUCACCCGCGCUUCUUUCGAAGCUCAACAUGUAUGUCCCGCCGAGAUCGCUCCGAGCAAGAUCGCUACUCGACCUGGAGGAACGCCGCACUCGCUUUGGCUCCUCUGAUCCGUUUAUUCGUAUGUGCCGUUAGUUUAAUGUCAUUUGUGAUCGUCAUUGGCAGUGGAAAAGGCCAACCGCGUUGUAAAGGUCGUGACCAACGUAAUGAGGAACCACAGCGGGCCCCGGGUAUCUAAGCGGAGAUUGCUUGCCGGGGUGUCUGAAGCGAUUAUUCGCUACGGUGCACCCAUCUGGGCCGAGGCCACGGAUCGCCAGUGCUGCCGGCGGAUGCUGGCAAGCGUCCAGCGACCUCUGGCGCAGCGAGUCGUAUGCGGAUUCAGAUCCAUGAGCUACAGCGUAGCUGUACUCAUGGCAAGGCUCAUCCCUCAUCACCUUUUGAUAAAGGAAGACGCGAGAUGCCACCAACGGUACUUCGCCGACCCGGAAGCAAGUCGUGCUGUCAUCCGACGUGAGGAACGCGCGGUGACGCUGGAGGUAUGGCAACGGGAGUGGCAUGCGAACGCAUCGAAUCCAGGAGCCAGCCGUUACGCACGUUGGGCACACAGAUUGAUCCCCGAGGUGCAUUCAUGGAUGGCACAGAAGCGGGGUGAGGUGGACUUUCAUCUUGCCCAGAUACUCUCGGGACACGGAUUUUUCCGAGAGUUUCUGCAUGUAUGCGGCUUCGCUCCAUCCCCAGAAUGCCCGGAAUGCACAGGCUCGGUUGAGUCAGUGGUUCACGUGUUGUUCCACUGUCCGAGGUUUGCAGAGGUUCGGCGCGACCUACUGGAGAUGGGAGUGGACGGUUCUAUAACAGAGGAGAACCUCGGACAAAUGUUGCUGAAAAGUUCAGACUCUUGGAUCCGCAUUCAGGAAGUAGCAUGCCGCAUCACCACGGUGCUGCAAGUGCGCUGGAGAGAAGAUGAGGCGGCGCUGAAUACGCUUGCUAAUUCCACAUCCGCAGAGGCGACAGUCAACGCUGAACAGAUGCAGGACGACCCGGCUGCAGCCCGACGAGCGGCCCGUAACCGUCAAGCAAGGGCCCGGAGAGCGCAGGAACGCGUGGAGCAGCUUGGGGACGUGGAAUUGGCGUCGGCGUUCAGGCAGUUGUACGGUCCAGCAGCUAGCGAUGCGACAUCAUCAAUUCCGGCAGCAGUGCCUUUGCUAUUGGAGGCAACAGCAACAGUAGACCCUACACCAGUAGCAGCAGCCGUAGCAGUAGCAGAAGCAGCAACAUCAUCGGCAGCUGAGGCAGCACCACGAGUAGCACCUGAGGUUGCACCCUUUUCAGCAACCACCGGAAUGGCGCCACCGUCAUCACCGUCAUCACCAAAUCUCUCUCCCAGACGUCGGAGACAAGCGCAGCGGUAGGCCAGAGCACAUAUGCCCCCCGGCAGACAACAGAAUGGUAGAGCAGUGCCUUCUGCAGAGGAGCUGGAGCGUCGUCGCCAGCGACAACGAGAAAAGGAGAGAGCCCGACGACAACGGCAGCGGAGGGCGAGGGAUAGUCAGGCCGUCACGAUCCCUUUUUCGCCAUUACCAUCGGACGAAAUGCAAGAAAGGAGAUCUACACUAACAGCAGAUGAGGAAGCUGCUAUCAGCAUGGAGGCAAUAUCGGGGCGUUAAACAAUCCGCAGUAUGUAGGGUGGUUAGAAGAGCUACGGAAGGACAGUAAGGUCUCACGGAAAAAAAAAUCGAAGGAAUACGAGACAGUAUCGUUUAAUUUUUUUGCGAGUUAAAUUAAUUUUAUCACUAAUAAAGAAAGGAAGGUCUGUAUGGACGGUUAAACCUGGUGGGUAAAUCCCUAACGGGUAAUUCCCACUGGGAGGCGCAAGCAGUUGGGAACGAAUGAUAAUUUGUG